AUGGAUUUGGCUGCAAAGCGUCGGCAGCUUGAAGAGAUUCGCGCUGCGCGUGAGGCGAAGCAGCGCUCUGUGCAGCAGCAGCUCCAGCAGCGGAAGACGGAGAGCAGUCAGCAGAAAACGUCUUCUACCGCCUUUGGGCGCAGCAGCACCUCCAACUCGCCAAUGAUCUCCGUGAGCGGUGAGCCCUUGCAGCGGGCUGUGUCUUUGGUGGCACAUAUGCAGGACGAGCAGCAUGCGAGGGAGUUGAAGACGGCGCCCACAGCAGGGACGGGAAGGCCGCGUGUUUUACCGGCCGCACGGCUCUCGUUUAGCGAGCCGCCUUCCAAAGGCAGUUGCUAUGGUAGUGGCGGUAAUGCGGCGGUGUCGGGGAGUGAAGGGGACACAUGGAAGGUGAAGAUGGACAUUGAGGCCUUUGCGCCGCGGCCGACCGUGGCGGAAAGCAAAACAGGUAACUGCAGUCAGGCUGACACGAUUCCUCUCGCUGGUGUCGAUACCUCCCUGGCUGUCAAGUUGGGCGUCGCGGGCGCUUGUGCCACGGAGCGACUGCAGGAAGGUGAAGGGCGUGGGAAGCGGCGCGUUAUGCCAACGCCCGACGCUGCAAUGAUGCUGGUACAUUCGCUACUUGCGGAGUCUUGCGUAAACUGCACGGACCGCUGCGUGUUGGAUGUGACUCUGCUUGACUCCAACUUUUCUGGCGGGAGGUCGUGUGGGGAUGGUGACGGCAACGGUUUUCUAGUUGCUGCCACGCUUUCUGAGCCGUACCGUGCGGAGGAAGCGAGUAAAGGUGCAUCGCAGUUUCUCUCAGGUCGCGGAGGUGAGGCACCAUUGCUGUCACCAUCACUGUUUUUUACUUCCAUGACGGCAGGAGACGGAGGAGGAGGCGAAGUAGCGGCGAGAGCAACGGCGGAGUCUGUUGGUGAAGUGCGUGGUCUUGUGCUUCUGUGGUGUAUUUUGCCGGGCAGGAAUAGUGAUGCUAGUUACAGUGUAGUGCCCUUGUGCUAUGACAGCGAAAUACGCGUUCUUACCUACACGCGCCAUCGGCCGCAUUUGCUGUUUGGUGGCGCUUCCAACGGCACUGUGGUUGCGUGGAGGAUUGACCACGCGCUGCAGGGACAGUCUGGGGCCGUGCUAACUGCCGGGUCAGAGCGUUUGCCCAUGCCCCCAUCCUCAUCAGGGUGGUUGCCUACUGUGAGCGUCUCAGCUGCCCUGGCACCGAGCGAGCAGUCGUUUCCGUCGCCACUCACGCACCAGUUCCGUCUGCUUGGCAUGGCGGUUCACGGAGAUGCCAACUACCACCAUCUCUACACGAUCAGUCAAGAUGGACGUGUUUGCAUGUGGGCUCCGCCCCAGUUGCGGCUACCGACGUCGAGUCGUGACGGGGUGGUGUCGGGACAGUCACUGGGGUGCAUCGGGUCGUGUGCAGCGUUUGUGGACAAGGCCGCUGAUGCCAUGAGCAAAGUCGUUGUUGGGUGCCUUGACGGUCGUGUACUGGAGGGGCGGACGAAGAGUUCGCGCGUCGUAGAGAUGUCGCCCAUCAAUGCCACGUCCGCUGCAGGCAACGUGUUGCAGCGUCGCUCACCGACAUCACGAACAUCCGUCGAAGGCCCUGCGCAUCGCGCCGCCGUCGUUGUUGUGGCACCCCACCCGCUGCAUGCGGACCCCCGCAUAAGCGACACUCUUUUGACCGCCGCUGCCGACGGGAGGUGUAGCCUCUGGUUGGGCGCGCGACGCGUCGCCAUUGAUGGAUUCGUCGCGCAGGUGAACUGCCUGCGAUGGUCCCCAACUCACCCCGCGGUGUUUGUCGCCGGGGAAAGCAAUGGCCGCGUUGCUGUGUGGGAUUUAUCGCGGAGCUCGUGUUCGCCGGUGGCCUCGCUGUACUUGCAAUCCGUCCCGCCCACAGCCGGAUGGGCACGCACGCCCCCUGCGGCAAGCGCGGCGCACGUCUUCGCGUCUCGCAGCACCGCCGUCACGACUCUUGCCUUCUCCGACGAUGGCGCGUGGCUGUCGUGCGGCACUUCCAGCGGUGUGGUCCACCUGCUGCGCCUGCGCCCGGACCUUGCGCUGGAGAGCAGUGCAACGGCGGCGUCGAAGGGUGACGGCGAUGACGCCGCUACCGCAGCAGCAGCCGCUUCUUCUUGGAUUGACGCACGAUUUGUCUUUUAG